AUGGCUAUUGUGGAAAGUGGCCCCCAAGCUCUGGAUCCCACACCUGAACUUUUAUUUUGGAAUGAGUUCCAAGAUUUUGUUCCUUCAAGGCCUGUUGAACAUUUAGGUGAAUCAGAUUUUACAUUUGACGGAAGGUUACCUGAACCAGGUUUACAAAUCUAUGAAGAUGGUGGUGAAUUAGGCUGUGGCGGUAAGAUUUGGGUAGCUGGUGAGCUUUUAUCAAAGUACUUGCUUGAUAAAGGGCUAAAUAACAAAAAGAAAGUGGUUGAAAUAGGUAGUGGUACUGGUCUUGUUGGGUUAACUUUAGGGCUGGGUCAAAGAAAAAAUGAUGACAUGGAGAUUUGGAUCACUGAUAUUGAUGAUCUAGUUCCAUUAAUGGAUAAAAAUAUUAUACUAAAUGGUCUUGAAAAGAAUGUAUUUGCAAGGGCAUUACCAUGGGGAAUGGAGUUACCUGAAUUUGCCAAAAAAGAUGUGGAUGUAGUCCUUGCUGCUGAUUGUGUUUAUCUUGAAAAGGCAUUUCCUUUACUAGAAAAGACACUUAUUGAUUUAACAACAAAGGAUACCUUAGUGUUAAUGUCCUAUAGAAAAAGAAGAAAAGCAGAUACAAAGUUUUUUAGAAAAAUUAAAAAGCACUUUGACUUAACUGAAGUCACUGACUUCAAAGAUUAUGCAAUCUAUUUGAAACAAGGUGUUCACUUGUUCCAACUAGUCAAAAAGAAUUAG